AUGAAAUUCUAUUCAAUGCAAUUGCCAUUGACUAUAUCGAUUCAUCGUGGUGAAGUUGAAAGUUUAUUAUUACCAAAUUUUGGUUUACCCGAUGAUUAUUCUGAUAAUGAUAUACUAUUACCAUUAAAUAUAAGUAAUAUUGAUUGGUAUUUAAUAUCUUCUAGUGAUUCACAAAUGGCACUUUUAUCACCUCCAACAUUUAAUUAUUUUACUUCAAUUAAUUCAACAACAAUAACAUCAUCAUCACUUUUUCGUCCAAUGCCAUUUGCUAAAGCAUUACCUGUUGCAUUUGUUCUUUCAAGUAUUGUUGUUUUAUGUAUAUGUGGUAAUAUACUUGUUAUUUUAUCUGUUUUUACAUUUCGACCAUUACGAACUGUACAAAAUUUUUUUAUUGUUUCACUUGCUUUUUCUGAUAUGUUUGUUGCCAUUAUCGUUAUGCCAUUUCAUAUUGUAAGACAUAUACUAAAACGAUGGAUAUUUGGUAAAAUAUUUUGUCAAGUAUUUGUCACUUCUGAUGUACUUUUAUGUACUUCAUCAAUAUUAAAUCUUUGUGCUAUUGCGCUUGAUCGAUAUUGGGCAAUAAGUGAUCCUAUACAAUAUGCUCGUCAACGUACAAUGCGACGUGUACUUAUUAUGAUAAUGCUUGUAUGGAUUUUAUCAGGUACAAUAUCAAUUCCACCAAUCAUAGCAACAAUGCUUGGUUCGAAUGAAUUGCAAAGUUUUAAUGAAUUACAACAAUGUGAAUUAUCAAAUAAUAAAGUUUAUGUUAUUUAUUCAGCAUGUGGUUCAUUUUAUAUACCAGCAUUAAUUAUGACUAUUGUUUAUGCACAUGUUUUUAUAGCAACAAGAAAACGUUUUCAUGAACGAGCUAAAGCGGCAGCUAAAUUAGCAAAAGCUACUAGAAGAAACAAUAAUGAAGUAUCGACAACUGUUAUAACAAUGGAUAAUAGUAUUAAACAUAAACAUCAUCAUCAUCAUCACCGUCAUCAUCGUAAAAAACAUACAUUUAAAUCAUCGACUUGCCGUUCAAAUGGUUCAUCAUUAAGAUCUUCAGGAUCAAAUGGUAGUGGACCAGAAAAUUUCGAUAUAGAUGAUGCAGAAGAAACAAUGCAUUUACAAAUAUCACCAUCAUCAAAUAAAAAUCAUCUUGUUGAAUGUUCAACAACAGAUGUUGAUAUAUCAUCACAAGGUUUACUUUCGAUUAAUAUUGAUGACAAUAAAAUAAUUCCGAAAAUCGCAGGUGGACUAGCAAUCCCGUUAUUUAGUCAAUAUCCUAGUGAUGAAAAAAAAUUUGAAAACGGUUGUCUGAUUCAGCAACAGCAUGCUUCAGUACAAACAACUGAAUUAUUAAAUCCAAAAAGAUGUUUAUCAAAAGAUGCUAAUCGUCGAAGUAUUUUUAAAGGUAAAACUUUAGCCGCAUUAAUGAAUGAACGACAAAAAAUUUCUUUAACACGCGAACGUCGCUUAUCACGAACACUUGGAAUUAUUAUAAGUGUAUUUCUUUUAUGUUGGUUACCAUUUUUUGUUGUUUAUAUUUUAUCAGCUUUUAUUGAUGUAUCAAUAUAUAUGAAAGAACCGUUACCUACAUUAAUUCUUUGGCUUGGCUAUAUAAAUAGUGCUUGUAAUCCAUUGAUUUAUACUGUUUUUAAUGUCGAAUUUCGAACAGCAUUUAAACGUUUAUUAUUUCCAAGAUCUAUGAAUAAUCCUUUCAAUCGAAGUUAUUCAAAUAAACAGUGUCGUAAUUAA